CCGUUCCUUUCGAGUCGCUCUAUUUCUCAGGCGGUCAAUUUAUUUAAUUAAAAAUAAUAUAAUCUGCAAUAAUUUUCCAGAAUUUUGUUGGUUUUCAAUCCAGCUGAAUAAUUGUGGUAAUUUGAAUCUUUGCUGAGGAUUAUCUUCAUUUGUGAUACUUGGUGCAAGCAACUUACGAGUAUGGAGUUUGGUUUCUGAAGAUUAAAAGGAGUAAACAUUUUUGUUGUGGUGGUUUUUCCCCCCCAACUUUUUAGUUAUGGAUCUCCUUUGUGAUUUACUUGUGUUUUAGAUUGGACUGUCUGUAUUUUGCAGAAGUUUGCCUUUUCGAAGACGAAGCUAUGUACUUUUUAUUUUUUGAAUUGGAGGAGGAUUUUACUGUUCCAUCCUUGGACUGCCCUUAUUGUUGCCAGUCUUUUGUAAUCUGAUUUACAGGUAAGUGUCUCGAUGAAUGUUGAUAGCGAUGGUGACAAAGGUUUACGGGAAGUAAAUCACCGGGUCUACGUUGGUAACAAGAGAACUACAAACUGUGUCGUCCCUGAGGAACAUGUGAUGCUAGAAGAAGAUGAUCUGAAAGUUAACAAGAUUGCACAAAAUGUGAAAUAUGGUCAUGUUGGAGCUUUUCAGGCUCCUGCCAUGCGGCAAAUGGCACAGCAACAGCCUCAAAAUGCAAUGUGUUACUGGCAGAGGUUUCUGCAUCUAACAACUGUUACAGUUCUGCUUGUAGAAAAUGAUGAUUCUACUCGCCAUGUUGUCACUGCACUUCUGCGCAAUUGCUGUUAUGAUGUUAUUGAAGCCGCAAAUGUAUUACAAGCAUGGAAGAUACUAGAAGAUUUGACCAAUCACAUCGAUCUUAUAUUGGCUGAGGUGGGAAUACCUUCCUUAUCUGGCCUUGUUCUUUUGAGCAAGAUUAUGAGCCACAAAACACGUAAAAAUGUUCCUGUGAUCAUGAUGUCAUCUCAGGAUUCAAUGAAUCUAGUCUUUAAGUGUUUGUCAAAAGGUGCCGUUGACUUUUUAGUGAAGCCUGUUCGAAAGAAUGAGCUAAAGAACCUGUGGCAGCAUGUUUGGAGGAGAUGCCAUAGUUCUAGUGGUAGUGGAAGUGAGAGUGGAACACAAACUCAAAAAUCUGUCGGGUCAAAAAGCGUCGAGAAGUCUGACAACAACAGCGGUAGCAAUGAUGAGGACAAUAAUGGGAGUGGUGGUCUAAAUGUUGUAGAUGGCAGUGAUAUCGGGAGUGGCACUCAGAAUUCUUGGACAAAACAAGCAGUAGAGGUUGACAGCCCCCAUCUAGUCUCACCCUCAGAUAAAGUUGCUGAGUGCCCUGAUAGUACAUGUGCCCAAGUUGUCCAUUCAAAUGCAGAAGUAUCUGGGAACAAAGGGGUGCCAGUGGCUGCAGCAAGGGGGUUCCAAGAACGAGAUGAACAGCUUGACAACGUUGCAAUGGGAAAAGAACUGGGUGUAAACAAGCCUAGAGAUUUAAAUUUACUACUACAGUGUCCAGUUGAGGCUCCGAUCAGAACAGUUGAAACCAAACAGAUUAACCUUCUUGAGAUGAGCUCCAGCAAAUACAAUGAACAGAUUGAUAAAAGGCAGCUGGACCUCAAUAGUGAAGCCCCUUCUGGCAAAGAAAAGUCUGAAGCUGCUAAUCAAGCUGGCAUUACAUCUAUGACCACUGAUCCUAAGAUGGAAAUUGCUGAGUGCGAGGCUUCAUAUAGGCUUUCCAAAAUCUCAGAUGGCAAUGAUAAAACCAUCAAUGAUUCUAAAGAACUACCAUCUAUUGAACUCGGAUUGAAGAGACUUAGAGGAGUUAAAGAUGCUGGGACUGAAGUUAGGGAUGAGCGAAAUGUUUUGAGACGUUCAGACUCUUCUGCCUUCUCAAGGUAUAAUAAUGCAGCAAAUGCAAAUAAGGUUCCUGCUGUCAACACUGGAAGCUCGUCUGCAGUUGAUAAUCAUUUAGAACUGACUAGAAAAGGAUCAUUAUUUGAUAAUCGCUCUCAUUUCGUUAAUGACCUUAACAAUCAAAGCUCAAAUGUCGGUAGCAAUAAUAUUGGUAUGGGCUCCACUACUAACAAUGCUUCUGCCAAGGCGGCAGCUGAGAAGAAUAAGUCAGCUAUAUCAUCCACUGUCAGAUCUUCACAUCCAUCAGCUGUAUUCCAACCUAUGAUAAAUGACCUUUUAAGUACUUCUCAGAAAGUUGUAUUAGACGAGGACGAUAAUGUAACUACUACAGGAGGACCAGCCCAACCUAGAGGGACUCAUCAAGAACUGAAAAUGCAACAUCCCUCAAACCAUCAUGAUCAACAUCGCCAUCUUACUAACGAUAUGCAGCAGCAGCAGCCCCCAGAACAUGAUGAUUUAUCUUUGAAAACAUUAGCUGCAGAUGCUCCUCAUUGUGGGUCAUCGAAUAUGUUGGGAGGCCUUGUUGAAGGAAAUGCUAGCAACUACAGUAUCAACGGAAGUGCCUCAGGUAGUAACCAUGGAAGCAAUGGGACAAAUGGAAGUAGCAAUGCAGUCAAUACUGUCGGGAAAAACAUGGAGAGCGACAACGGAAUAGCUGGGAAAAGUGGAAGUGGAGAUGUGAGUGGCUCCGGAAGCGGCAGCAAAGCAGACCAGAGUAAGUCUGCUCAUAGGGAAGCUACACUGACCAAAUUUCGUCAGAAAAGGAAAGAGAGAUGCUUCCAGAAAAGGGUUCGGUACCAAAGCAGGAAACGACUAGCAGAACAACGACCUCGCAUCAAUGGGCAGUUUGUGCAACAAACACCGAAAAACACCGACCUAUCAUCCGAUGGCAAUUCAUGUGACGAAUAGUGAAGAAGAAAACAAGCAGAACAAGAGAUAAAUCAAAUCCUCUGGCUGAUACCACAAAGUGACUGGUCUAGACUAUUUGACAAUGUUAGGCUUGAUGAGCUGUGUUUUAUUGGUAUGGACCUUCCACCUUUUUUCUUAUUCUUUUCUUAUAAUUUGUUGUUCUGGACUUUAAUUGUACAUUAGGGGGACUGGAGAAGAUAGAAUACUUGUAUAAUAAGACCCCAUUUGAUUUGGUGUGCUGGCAUCAUGAUCUUGAACAAUAGGGUGCUUUGAAAACCAUUUUAAUCAUGUUCUAUCGGUUAGUUUC